AUGGACUUUCUGACCUACAACGUUUCUCGCAAGCUUCCUGUAGAUGUUCUUUUUCUUGACUUCGCCAAAGCCUUCGAUAAAGUCCCUCACAGAAGAUUACUUCAAAAACUUGAAUCCUACGGAAUCGAAGGUAACGUUCUUAACUGGAUAAAAGCUUUCCUUUCAAAUAGAUCACAGCGUGUCAUAUUAGGUAAUACGUCAUCCACCUGGGUAAACUUACCCGAACACAUCAAUAGCGAAAACUUAUGUAAAAUGUAUGCAGACUGUACUAAAAUCCUGAGUGUCGUCAAAACCACUGAAGACAAAGCUCGUCUGCAAUCCGAUAUAGAAAGCGUUGUUACCUGGACUCGAACCUGGUUAAUGGAACUCAACAUCAAGAAAUGCAAUGUCAUGCAUUUCAGUAAGUACUAUGUUUCCCCACACAAUUAUUUAAUGAACGAGUACGACGCUAACGGUAGCGUCACUAGAACAGUAAUUGAGUCUUCAACAUCCGAAAAAGAUCUAGACGUUCAAAUUUCCAACGACUUAAAAUAA